CUGGUCGAGACCUCGUGUACUUGAUUUGGGGCUGACCCGCGUCGUCGCUGCUUCCUCCUCCUCCUCCACCGCCGGCGUCCCGGCACGUCUUUCCGACCCGCGUCCCGGUUUCUCGGCUGACUCCAUCUCGCCCUAAUCGGACAUGGCUUGGAGGCGCGUCCUCACGAGGUUAGGGAAACAAUCGUUGUUGGGGCAUCCACAUUUUGGUAGUGGUCAAUCUCAUCAUGCUUUACGCAAGGUCGAAACCCAUGUUGGUAACAGACUUGGAAACUUCCACGAAAGAUUUCAGUCAAGCUAUGUUGGUAGUUUUGCUCGCAGAGCACGGGAUACAGAUGGGCCAAAUGAUGUUAUGCUUCUUAAAGAGCUCUACAGAAGUGAUCCAGAAAGAGUUAUUAGACUCUUUGAAAGUCAGCCUUCACUGCACUCAAACCCUUCAGCACUUGCUGAGUAUGUCAAAGCUUUAGUGAAAGUUGAUAGACUGGACCAAAGUACGUUGUUUAAAACUUUACAAAGAGGUGUUUCUAACUCGGCAAUGGAGGAGAGCAUUAACAGCAUUAGCAGUGUUCCAGCAUUAAAGAAUGUUGGCCAAUCAACAAAAGAUGGGAUUCUUGGGACUGCAAGUGCUCCCAUCCACAUGGUGACAGCAGAGACCAGUAAUUUUAAAGAGCAAUUAUGGCGUACAUUUCGUACUAUUGCAGUUUCAUUUCUUGUAAUAUCUGGUGUUGGUGCACUUAUUGAGGAUAGGGGACUUAGUAAAGCAGGCCUUGGUCUACAUGAGGAGGUGCAGCCAAGCAUGGAUUCUAGUACAAAAUUUAGUGAUGUAAAAGGCGUUGAUGAGGCCAAAGCUGAGUUAGAGGAAAUUGUCCAUUACCUUCGUGAUCCCAAGCGUUUCACCCGCCUUGGUGGGAAGCUUCCAAAAGGUGUGUUGCUUGUUGGUCCCCCUGGCACAGGGAAGACAAUGUUAGCAAGGGCUAUUGCAGGAGAAGCUAGUGUCCCCUUCUUCUCAUGCAGUGGCAGUGAGUUUGAAGAGAUGUUUGUUGGUGUCGGAGCUAGGAGGGUCAGGGACCUUUUUACUGCAGCAAAGAAAAGGUCCCCUUGUAUUAUAUUCAUUGAUGAGAUUGAUGCAAUAGGUGGGAGCCGUAAUCCGAAGGAUCAACAGUACAUGAAAAUGACAUUGAAUCAGUUGCUUGUUGAACUGGAUGGUUUUAAGCAGAAUGAGGGGAUUAUUGUCAUUGCAGCAACCAACUUUCCGGAAUCAUUGGACAAAGCACUUGUGAGGCCUGGACGUUUUGAUCGUCAUAUUGUUGUUCCUAAUCCAGAUGUUGAGGGUCGAAGGCAGAUUUUGGAAUCCCACAUGUCAAAGGUCUUGAAGGCGGAUGAUGUGGAUUUAAUGAUCAUUGCCCGGGGCACGCCAGGGUUCUCAGGUGCAGACCUUGCAAAUUUGGUUAAUGUUGCUGCCCUCAAGGCUGCCAUGGAUGGGGCAAAAGCUGUGACAAUGGCUGAUCUGGAGUAUGCAAAGGACAAGAUCAUGAUGGGCAGUGAGCGGAAAUCGGCGGUGAUUUCUGAUGAAUCCAGGAGGUUGACAGCUUACCACGAAGGUGGCCAUGCUCUUGUUGCCAUCCACACUGAUGGUGCCCUUCCAGUCCACAAGGCGACUAUUGUGCCGCGGGGGAUGUCCCUCGGCAUGGUUGCACAGUUGCCUGAUAAGGAUGAGACAAGCAUCUCUAAGAAACAAAUGCUAGCAAGGCUUGAUGUCUGCAUGGGUGGCCGGGUAGCUGAAGAGCUAAUAUUUGGGGAGAGCGAAGUGACUUCUGGUGCUUCAUCCGACCUGCAGCAGGCAACUUCCGUUGCAAGAGCAAUGGUCACAAAGUAUGGUAUGAGCAAACAGGUUGGUCUUGUUUCACACAACUACGAUGAUAAUGGUAAGAGCAUGAGCACCGAAACAAGGCUACUUAUAGAGAAGGAGAUGAAGGAUUUUCUGGAAAGGGCUUACAACAAUGCAAAAACUAUUUUGACAACUCACAAUAAAGAGCUACACGCCCUUGCCAAUGCGCUUCUUGAGCAUGAAACCCUAUCUGGUGCGCAGAUCAAGAACUUGCUUGCUCAGGUGAACAGUCAGCAGCAGCAACCUCAAGUGGUGGUAGCUCCACAGGUGAAUACCCCAGCAGUGCCACCGACGCCUCCCUCAGCAGCUGCAACCGCUGCUGCUGCUGCAGCAGCCGCUGCAGCCCAGGCAGCGGCUAAGGCCAAGGGAGUUGCUCAGCCUGCGGUUGGAACUUAAGACGGCGAAGAGCUGCUUUUAGAUUCGGUGAUGUAUAGCAUAAGCUGCAGCUUCUGGCAUCUAAAAUCACAAAUGCUGGUUGCAGAAAAAGACAAAGUUCAAAAUCAACUUCCAUUGUGACACAGCAAUGCAUGUAUGUGAGCAUCUAUUUAAUUUUCCAUGAAUUGCAAAGGAAGACAAUGUUGGAAAUUUUGUUGAACUAAUGUGGGUUUUUAGCAGGAUGAAUUGGGGUUUUGAAUUGACAUCAAUCACUAUAGUGCUAAUAAUGAUGCCUAUACUUUUCGGAACCUGAGUUUUGGCGGUUCAACAAAGAUGAACGUCCAGAUCUGUGCUUUCA